UUGCCUAUGGUUAGCUUCUUUUCUUUUCUUUUUUUUAACUUGACUAUUUCAUUCAUUGAAAAUGCAGUGAAGACAUACAUUUGAUUCAAUUUGGGGCUCUGCUUGUUUCUCACUCUACAGUACACAAACGACACAUUGUUUACAAGUGAAAAAAGAUAUGGAUGGAAUGCAAAUAGCCCUUCCUGUACUUGGAAUUGUAGCAGCAGCAGCUGUUACCUUCUAUGCUGUCAGCUUUGCUGAGAUUCGAGAGAAAACUUUCAGAGAUUUAGAUGAAUCAGAAGAAUCUGAGAAUGGAGGAGGAUUCAAGUCAUCUCUUAGCUCAAGAGAAAGGCGUGCCAAUGAAAUCAACGGUUCAAGUUUUUUUUAUUAA